AUGCCUCACAGUUAUGGUUACAGGGCGCGCACCCGGCACAUGUUUGCCAAGCAGUUCCGCAAGCAUGGUCAGGUGCAGGUGAGCCGUUACCUCCGUCCUUUCCAUUCCGGUGACAUUGUGGACAUUGUCGCUGACUCGGGCGAGCAGAAGGGUAUGCCACACAAGUACUACCAGGGCCGCACUGGCGUGGUGUACGGUGUUUUCCCCCGUGCAGUCGGUGUGAUUGUGCACAAGACGGUCGGCAACCGCAAGAUUGAAAAGCGUGUGAACCUCCGCGUGGAGCACGUCCGCCACUCCAAGUGCCGUGACGACUUUGUGAACCGUGUGAAGGCGAAUGCUGCUGCUAAGCGCGAGGCGAAGGCGAAGGGUGAGCACGUCAACCUGAAGCGCCAGCCCGCUCUGCCCCGUGAGGCCCACACCAUCACCGUCGCUGGCAACAAGCCGGUCACUCUGGCGCCCCAGGCCUACGACACCUACAUCUAA